AAUGUUGACUUUACUCCUACUCUCCCCAUAAGGAUGCCAAUUGCCUGUCCAAAAUCUGCAGCUCAUGCAGCCUCCUAGAGUGCGAUGGCAAAGGGUCUGCAGGGCUGCUGCUGGACCAUGCUGCUGCUGCUCUGUGCCAUCCAGGAGCUGGGGGCCUGGGCCGUGCACACUGCGGCAGAGGGUCCUGACCUGGGGCAGCCGGGGGAUCCCACACUGCUGGCCAGCGGGCGAGUGAAGCGUGGCUGGGUCUGGAACCAGUUCUUUGUGGUGGAGGAGUACACAGGCACAGAGCCACUGUACGUGGGGAAGAUCCAUUCGGACUCGGAUGAGGGGGACGGCUCCAUCAAGUACACCAUCUCCGGGGAGGGCGCGGGGACCAUCUUCCUCAUCGACGAGAUCACAGGUGACAUCCACGCCACCGAACGCCUGGACCGGGAGCAGAAAACCUUCUACACACUGCGGGCUCAGGCCCGGGACAGGCAGACUGACCAGCUGCUGGAACCCGAGUCUGAGUUCAUCAUCAAAGUGCAGGACAUCAACGACAGCGAGCCACGCUUCCUGGAGGGGCCCUACAUCGGCAGCGUGGCUGAGCUGUCCCCCAUUGGCACCUCUGUGAUGCAGGUGAUGGCCUCCGAUGCCGACGACCCCACAUACGGGAGCAGCGCCCGCAUUGUCUACAGCGUGCUGGAGGGCGAGCAGCACUUCACCGUGGACAGCAAAACGGGUGUGAUCCGGACAGCUGUGGCUGACCUGGACCGUGAGACACAGGACCGGUACGAGGUGGUGAUCCGUGCCACGGACAUGGCGGGACAGCUGGGCGGGCUGUCCGGCUCCACCACCGUCACCAUCGUGGUCACUGAUGUCAAUGACAACCCACCACGCUUCCCACAGAAGAUGUAUCAGUUCAGCAUCGUAGAAACUGCCCCUGUAGGCACUGCCAUUGGGAGAGUCAAGGCAGAGGACUCUGAUGUCGGGGAGAACACCGACAUGACCUAUCAGAUGAAGGAUGAGGAAGGGGUGGAGAUGUUCAAAGUCACCACAGACAGCAAUACCCAGGAGGCUGUCAUCACCGUUCAGAAGCCUCUGGACUACGAGUCAAAAAAAGUGCACACCGUGGUGGUGGAGGCCCUGAACAAGUUUGUGGACCCACGGUUUGUAGACCUGGGCACCUUUCGGGACCAGACCAUCGUGCGGGUGUCUGUGCUGGACGUCGAUGAGCCUCCUGAGUUCUGGCCCCCCUCCAACACAAUGGAGGUCCAGGAGGAUGCUCACGUUGGCUCUAUCGUGGGGGUGGUCACCGCCCUCGAUCCGGACACAGCGAACCAUCCUGUGCGGUACGCCAUUGACCGCAGCACGGACACAGAGAGGAUCUUUGACAUUGAUGCCAACACGGGUGCCAUUGUGACAGGAAAGGUCCUGGACCGGGAGACAGCGGGAUGGCACAACAUCACCAUCCUGGCAAUGGAAGCAGAUAAUCAUUCGCAGGUGUCGAGAGCCUCUCUGCGCAUCCGCAUCCUGGAUGUGAAUGACAACCCUCCCGAGCUCGCCACCCCCUAUGAGGCUGCGGUGUGUGAGGACGCCAAGCCAGGCCAGCUGAUCCAGACAAUCAGCGUUGUGGACCGUGAUGAGCCUCAGGGUGGUCAUCGUUUCUACUUCACGCUGGCACCUGAAGCCACCAACAACCACCACUUUUCUCUGCUGGAUGUUAAGGACAACACAGCUGCGGUGCACACGCAGAGAGUGGGCUUCAAUCGCCAGGAGCAGGACGUGUACCUGCUGCCCAUUUUGGUGGUGGACAGCGGCCCCCCGGCCCUCAGCAGCACAGGAACGCUGACCAUCCGGGUCUGUGGCUGUGACAGCACCGGGGCCAUCCAGUCCUGCAACAGCACUGCCUACGCCAUGUCAGCAACGCUGAGCCCCGGCGCCCUCAUCGCACUGCUGGUGUGCAUCCUCAUCCUGGUCGUGCUGGUGCUUCUGAUCCUCACGCUGAAGCGACACCACAAGAGCCACCUGACAUCCGAGGACGACGAGGACAUGAGGGACAAUGUCAUCAAAUACAACGACGAAGGAGGGGGCGAGCAGGACACGGAGGCUUACGACAUGUCCGCCCUGCGCAGCCUCUACGACUUCAGUGAGAUCAAAGGCGGGGACGGGGGCGGGGGGCCGGGAGAGGGAGGAAACCCGGCCUCUGAGCGCCAUGCCCUCCCGCAGUGGGUGCAGAGCCCGGACCUGGACUUCUCCGUGUUCAGAGACUACAUCUGCAGGAAGGUGGAGCAGGCGGACGAGGACCUCUCCGUGCCGCCCUAUGACUCGUUCCAGACCUACGCCUUCGAGGGCUCCGACUCUCCGGUUCCCUCGCUCAGCUCCAUCAACACGUGGUCCAGCGGCUCGGAGCAGGACUUCUCCUACCUGGGGGGCUGGGGGCCGCGGUUCCGGCAGUUGGCAGCGCUCUACGCGGGGCGCCGGGGCGAGGAGGACAGCGAGGAGUCCUAA